ACAGUAAGCUAUAGUUUGAUUAAAAGAACACGACCCAUUCUUCUCGAGAAACUUCCCUCACUAAUAAUAUCAUCAUUAUUAUUCUUUCUUGAUUAUUUCAACAUUUUCCGCAAUCCAAAUCGCCGGUGAUCGUUCCGGGGGCCCUUUCCGAUGAUCCACCGCUGCAGUUUUAAGCUAUUUGGUUGCAGAAAAAGGGUGUAGAGUUUUGUAGCUGAUAGUAAUUGAGAGAUGGAUUCUAUUUGCUGCUGUCAAUGUGAUGAUGAUUUUGAAGAGUUUCCAACUAAUGCUAUAUAUAGACACUGCAUUUGCUUGAGAUUCUUUUUUCAUCAGUUGUUUACUGGGUACGGUGCGUUUUUUCAAAGAAUUGAGGGACUACCUGUAUCCUCACCAAUUCAAGGAACUGCUUCAUCUUCGGCUGUUGGUUUGUCACUACCAACGUCUUUAAACGUUGAAAAUCAUUCGGCUAAUAGACCCAUGCCUUACGAUUCCGACCAUAGGUUCACGCAUUUGCCACGUGGGCUAGUUUCCAGACGCGAGAAAUCAAUGACUCAUUUUCAAGAAGAUUCACAAUCCGGAAUGGAAUUUGCAAAGAGAAAAUCGGGUAUUGAUUCUACAGAUGAAGAUUCCAAAAGCGGUAAUUUAGAAUCUUUAGAGAAAUCUUUGAAAGUCUCAGAAGGGCUACUUUAUGAGCAAUCUUCGGAUAACGAAGAUGUCUGCCCUACAUGUCUUGAUGAGUAUACUUUGGAGAAUCCGAAAAUAGUGACACAAUGCUCUCAUCAUUUUCACCUUGGUUGUAUAUACGAAUGGAUGGAAAGAAGCGACACGUGUCCAAUGUGUGGCAAGGUGAUGGAGUUUUGUGAGAGCCCGUAGUCGUUCGGCUAUAAAGAAAAAAGAGGUUACAGUUAUAGCAGGUUAAUAAUGCAAAUUGAAGUUUUUACAGGUUGUACUGAACCAUGUUUGUCUAAUCUUAUGGCAUCUAUGUUUUCAACUGGAUGUGUUGUUAUCAUGUGUGAUGAUUAAUAUAAUGUGUUCUACAUCCUCUUUAA